CUGCGCACAAGAUGAUGCGUGAAAAGAUAAGUCGACGGCUCUUCUCCGAUAAGAUUCCGGUGAGAAACGAGCAGGUCCUGUCUUCUUAUGAACUCAAUUUCUUCAUUUCUGAUUCUAUAAAACAUCCUUAAAAACAUGUCUACCACAUUGUUGAGAACAAUUCAGCUAAACCAGUUCUCACUUCUCGGAACUAGCUUGUUAAGAAGGAGAAGGAGUAACAACUUCUCCGUGAGGUCUUGUGGAAGCCAAACAACGACGACCCAUGAAGCUAAACAGUCUUCUCCAACAAGGGUUGCUCCAAAAAACCACAAAAGCAACCAACUUGAUGAGAUUCUGAGAGAUUACGAAGCUGUAAUUGGGAUAGAGACUCAUGUUCAGCUCUCUACAUUGACAAAAGCCUUUUGUAGUUGCUCUAACAAUUACGGUUCUUAUCCAAACACAAGUAUUUGUCCUGUUUGUAUGGGUUUGCCUGGUGCUUUGCCUGUUUUGAAUUCCAAAGUUGUUGAAUUUGGUGUUAGAUUGGGUUUAGCUUUGAAUUGUGAUUUGUCUCUUAAGUCUAAAUUCGAUAGGAAGCAGUAUUUUUAUCCAGAUCUUCCUAAAGGUUAUCAGAUUUCUCAGUUUGAUAUUCCUAUUGCAUCUGGUGGUUAUGUGGAUGUGGAUAUUCCUCUUGAGUUUGGUGGUGGACAUAGGAGAUUUGGUAUUACUAGGGUUCAUAUGGAAGAAGAUGCUGGCAAGUUACUUCAUUCAGACACAGGAGAUUACUCUCAGGUAGAUUUGAAUAGAGCAGGUGUUCCUUUACUUGAGAUUGUUUCUGAACCUGAUAUGAGAAGUGGUAUAGAAGCUGCUGAAUACGCUUGUGAAAUGCAACGGAUUGCGAGGUAUUUGGGAGUCAGUAAUGGGAAUAUGCAAGAAGGCUCUCUUCGCUGCGAUGUCAAUAUCUCAAUCCGUCCUAUUGGGCAAGCUGAGUUUGGCACCAAGGUAGAAAUAAAGAAUUUGAACGCGUUUUCAGCAAUUAGCAGAGCAAUAGACUUUGAGAUAUCAAGACAAGCACUUCUCUAUAAUCAGGGGAAAGCAGACCAGAUUGUAACGGAGACUCGGCUAUGGGAAGAAGGCGCUCAGAAAACAGUAACAAUGAGGAAAAAGGAAGGGCUUGCUGAUUACCGCUACUUUCCAGAACCAGAUCUUCCAGAAGUUAUCCUUACCCAAGAAUAUGUUGAUAGCAUUCGUGCUUCUUUACCGGAACUCCCUGAAGCAAAGCGCAGGAGAUAUGAGGCGAUGGGUCUAGGCAUGCAAGAUGUGCUUUUCCUCGCGAAUGACGUCAGUGUUGCAGAAUAUUUCGAUGCAGUCAUUGGUAAGGGUGCUGAAGUGAAGUUGGCAGCAAAUUGGAUAAUGAGUGAUAUUGCUGCUUACUUGAAAAAUGAGAAACUUUCUAUCAAUGAUAUUAAACUCACUCCCCAAGAGUUGGCUGAACUGAUAGCUGCAAUCAAAGAUGGAACCAUUAGCGGAAAGAUCGGAAAAGAGGUCGGUUCAAUUCAAUCUACAAAUUCAUCAUCUUUCGCUUAGAUCAAUGCGAUGAAUUCCGUUUUUGCAGAUACUGUUUGAGCUAUUAGCCAAAGGUGGAACCGUCAAAGGAAUGAUAAAGGCAAAAGAUUUAGUUCAGAUAACUGAUCCUGCAGAGAUUGAGAAAAUGGUUAUUCAAGUGGUCUCUGAGAACCCAAAGCAGCUUGAGCAGUACCGCAGUGGGAAAACCAAGCUUCAAGGCUAUUUUGCUGGCCAGGUUAUGAAAAUGUCGAAAGGCAAGGCAAACCCAGGGUUACUGAACAAGAUCCUCCUGGAGAAGCUCAAUGCCAAAGACUGAUUGAAGCUUCAGCAUUGACAGAGUUAUUGCUCUUGAAAUAGACAUUGAAAUGGUACAAAGUGAUUUUUGCUCGUUGGUUAUUGCUCUUGAACUAGAAUGUUCUUGUACAAAUCUUUUCCUUUGCAAAUGUGUUGUUGGUUAAAACAUAAUCUGUUCUUUUCAAAUACCUAUCAAUUACAUCUUGACGCUGCAUUGUCGAAACUAGAUUCCGGGUCCAUGCCCUUCGUACUCUCGGCUUUUUAAUGUAUUCCAGAAGAUUCAUUUGUGAAGACUAGUUAAACC